UCUCUAUCCUUCCUCUCCCUUGUUUUCAAUCUACUGCCCACACUCCAGUGUAGUAGGUGGCGGUAAUGGGUAUAUUUGUACAGGGCCUUUGUAUGACGUUGUGGUUACGCCCUUUACUGUAAGAACGCCUCCCCAGGAAAAAUAUAGUAACCCGAGUUGAUCUCCCUUUAAUCUGUUCCUAAGAGUUAAACUGGCCUGAAUCUGAUACGGAACACUGAGAAACCUAGCCUGAACAACUAAAGAAAUCAAAAACGUAUUUAGUGCUGCCAUUCACCGGUAUAAGAUGCCAAGAAAUGUGCUGUCUCUCGCUGUUGCUUUUUUCCCCUGUCUUUUGAUGUGUACACAUGUUCAAGGAGAGUGUACACUGCCUUCUUUUGAAUCAAGGAAUGUUACCUUAUCAGCAUAUUAUAGUCCAGAUCAUAUUUUCCCAGAUGGAUCUGCUUUAACAUUUGAGUGCUUUUCUGGGCACAAACCAGUUGAUUCAAGAGCAAGUAAAUCAAUUACUUGUACAGAAAACCAGUGGACAAAUCUGGGGCUCACUUGCACAAAAAAAUCAUGUGGAAGUCCUCCAGAACUUUUAAAUGGAAGAUAUGAAAUAUCUGGAGUAUUAUUUGGGGACACAAUUAAACCCAUUUGUAACCCAGGAUACAUGUUAGAUGGGUAUGGGUUAAAUCAAAGAGUGUGCCGCGAUGGAGGAUGGGAUGGCAGACAUCCUACCUGUGAAGUUACAAAAUGUGAGGCACCACCAUCUAUAAAAAAUGGAGAUCUUGUAGAUGAGCCAUUGGAAAGUUAUGAAUAUUCACAAGUCGUAACCUACAGAUGUAAUCCUGGAUUUAGUCUUAGUGGAGUUUCAAACCUUCAUUGUUCUGAUGAUGGGACCUUUAAACCAGAUCCACCAAAAUGUUUGGAUGGGUGUCCAAAACCUGAAAUUCCACAUUUAAUUAGAAUUGGUGGAAAAUCUCCCCCAUACAAAAUAGGACACUUUAUAGAGUACAGAUGUGAAGAUCUUUAUACAUUGAAAGGAGUAAAGGAAAUUACCUGUACAGCAGAAGGAUGGAGCCCUGAACCACCAAAGUGCAUUGAGCCUUGUAGUGUGCCUAAUUUUGGAGGAAAUAUCACUUUAAAUGAGGAGUUUAAAUCCAAAAACCUUUUCCCACAUGGAUCCAAAGUAACAUUUAAGUGCAUCAGUGGACAUGAGCCAGUUGAUUCAACAGCAUCUAAGUCAGUUACUUGUGAUGAAACCAAAUGGACAAAACUGCACCUGACGUGCAAAACCUCACCUACAACUGCCAGAGCACCCACAACUGCCAGAGCACCCACAUCUGCCAGAACACCCACAUCUGUCAGAACACCCACAUCUUACACAACAUCUAAAGUGCUACCUGAUGAAAAAGACAAGUCAUCACCGUCCUCUGCACCUCUAGGAGCGAUUUUAGGUGGGAUCUUCGGCAGUGGUGGUUUACUCUUACUAGGAUGUUUUGGAGUUUAUAUGCUCGUUACGAAACAGUCAAAACGUACACAAAAGGUGCCUACAAGUGAAGAGGGAUCGCUUUAAUACCCUCACAUCCGUGGUAAAGUUGCUGCCAUUGGAGAAAAACCAAUACAAAUGAAGCCUAUAUGUUAUACAAGCACUUUCCACAAUCCUGCAACAGAUCGACUGAUUUCACGCCGCAAAUUCCUCCAUGAUAUCUUAAAGAGCUUCAUUUGUACGUCAUACUAAUUUCUGAUAGUUACUAAGUUUACCCGAUUCUGCAUUCGCUUGAAGAAAUAUGGCUUCAGAUUAGUCAGGUUGAUUUCACUUUUAUAAAGUGUUUGCCUCUCUUCUAUCUUUUAACUUAAUUUGAUGAUAAACACUGAGUUUGCAGUGGUCACUUAAUAAAAGUGUAUUAAGACAGUGCAUUCUUCAUACCGAGAACAGCUGAAGAUGGACAUGUGAUUUUGAGGGUUAUAGUUAACGUAAAUAUGUUAAAGCCUGAUUAAAUUGUGGAUUAAAAAAAAAGUAAUACAUUUUAUAUUUUGUUGUGUUAGUCUCAAUUACAGACUUCCAGACUAAUGAAGAAUUGAGUUUUGUGCAUCUCUGUUUAUUUAUAAUUACUGAAUUUUCCAAAGUACUCAAGGCCCAAAAUGCUCAAUUGUGUUUCACUUUAAUAUAAUAAUGGGCUUUGAAAAGGGUUAGUGUUUCGAGUGGUUUUUAUAUUAGGUUAUUAAUUAGAUUUCAGACGCUUCAUUCAUAUCGUAGCGAUAGCAAAUUCAGUUUGGUCACUUGUGUAAUUCUGGUUCUCCCAGUUUGUAAUUAGUGUUUUUCUUGUAAUUCUCUUUGCUGAUUGGUUUCUGUGUAUUGUAAUGGUUGCAGAUCAUCUCAAAUUUAGUUUAUCAUAAACUGGGACUGCAUUUUCACUGCUCUUUCAUAUUAGAAAUGCUGGAAUACUGUCAAUCAACUCUGAAUCUAUUUUUGCAAAUUGUGAAUGUUCAUUGAGCUGUCUCUGAGUGCCUGCUGCUCAAAUUAAAAGCUCUAAAAUCAACCCACAAGACUUUA